ACGUCAUCUGAUAUCUGCAGUCAGAUGCUUGUGUGUGAAGCGGAGCUCCAGAUGAGCUCUGCUGGUAAAGUCCGCUCAGCCGUGCGUUAACGCGUUUGGUUCUUCCAGCUUUUCCUCCGAAAGGCCAAAUUAAGACUCGGCCUGAUCUCUGCUGCUGUUGGGGAGGAUGUCCCUGUCUGGCUGGGUGUGUGUGGUUACAGGUGCCUCCAGGGGCAUUGGGAGGGGAAUAGCGCUGCAGCUGUCUGAGGCAGGAGCGACCGUCUACAUCACGGGGCGUCAGGAGAAGACUCUGAAACUAGCUGCUGCGCAGGUGAAUGAAAGAGGUGGGAAGUGUGUUCCAGUGGUCUGUGAUUCUACAAAAGAUGAAGAUAUAGAAGCAUUAUUUGAAAGGAUCAAACAUGAGCAGAAUGGCAGACUUGAUAUAUUGGUCAACAAUGCCUACGCCGGCGUACAGGAGAUUUUUGAGAAUAUGGGGAAGAAGUUCUGGGAAAUGGAUCCCUCUCUUUGGGAUUCCAUCAACAACACCGGUCUUCGGGGUCACUACUUUUUCUCUGUCUACGGAUCUCGCCUGAUGGUGGCCCAAGGUCAUGGUUUGAUUGUGACCAUUUCAUCUAUGGGUGGGCUGCGGUAUUUGUUCAAUGUACCAUAUGGGGUUGGAAAGGCUGCAUGUGACCGACUGGCAGCUGACAUGGCCGUUGAGCUGAAAAACAGAGGAGUGGCUUCUGUCAGCUUGUGGCCAGGAGCCGUACAAACAGAGCUGGUGUCUCGUUUCAUGCUAGAAACACCAGAAGGACAGAAUUCUAAGUAUAAAGAAAUGUUUUCCAACGGAGAAACCACAGAACUGAGUGGGAAGUGCAUCACCAGCCUGGCAAAAGAUGGAAAUCUAAUGUCCUUGACUGGGAAGGUGCUGAUGACGUGUGACCUGGCAAGGCGCUACGGGAUUAAAGAUGUUGAUGGACGAAGUGUACUUGAUUAUACUUCUCUGAAGUUCCUCCUGACCCAGGUACCGUACCUGUCGUGGCUUUCCCCUGUGGUCCCGUCAUUCCUGCGCCUGCCUCGCUUUGUGCUCUCUCUGGCAAGCAGCCGUUUCUGAAGAUUUCCCAUGACACUCUUCAAAUUUAAAUUAAGAUUAUAACCUGAAGUUAUAAUCUCAGUGUUUUAAGGAAACAACCUUUACCAAUAGAUGAAGAAAACAAGAAGUUCUAGUCAACUUUUGUAAGCAUUUGUAAUCAAAAUGAGAAUAAACACACAUUUACACUCUUUAUUUCCCAUUGAUAUACUAUUUACCAGUUUGAUAUAAACCAAAUAUGUUGAGUUUACAUUGAAAGGAUUAACAUGAAGAAUUCUGUAACAGUAUUUUUGUAUUUACUAGAUGAGCGCUAAUGUCAAAAGUGGGAAUUGUAAGCUAUUUUUCAGUUCUGAACAGUAAAGAAAAU